AUGGAGGCAGCCGAUGAAGUGGUUGAGCUGGACGACCAGGAGAGCCGAAACGGUGCUUUUAAAAUGAAGGAGCGGCUACAGAAGCGACAUAAAGAGAGGCUAGAGGACGCCGAGCGGCGAAAAGAAGCCAAAGAGAACCUCUCGGUGGCCAGUGAGAGCGUCGAAUACUUUCUCAGCACGUUCAACGACCAGCGCUCUGCAAUCGAGGAGCUACUGUGCGGUUGUUUGGACGCUGAUCAAAAGGCGGCGGCUCGGAGGCUUGAGGAAGCUUCGAGUAAAACGGUACAGUUGCAAAAGUUCCUCAACGACAGCAUAAUGUUUUUGACUACGCACGACCGGCGGAAAGCCCAGGUGGCCAUCGAGAAGCUGCAGACGUCCCUUAACGAGACGAGAGAGAAAGUGCUUCCCAAGAAAAAAUUCGGCUUCCGGGGUCGCACGAAAGCCUCCUCGGCCACUGUGGAGGAAUCUGCGGUCGCUCCACCUGUAGAUCCCGGUAUUACACAAGUGGAUGGAGAUCCAGCUAUUGCACAAUGCGGCUUUUCUAACAUGAGCGACAUGGUCCUUGUAAAGACGGCAGAAGAGAUCCAGAAAGAAGACGUGCACUUGUCCCAUUUGUCCAACUGCAAAGUGCGGUUGUACGGUUCGCCCAGCACGUUGCACCUGAAGCACAUCGACCGCUGCGAGAUCCUCUGCGGGCCCGUGGCCACCUCUGUCUUUGUGGACUUUUGUGAGAGCAGCACCCUAGUUCUAGCAUGCCAGCAGCUGCGCACCCACAACACUCAAGACACCUGCGUCUACCUGCACGUCACUAGCCGCGCCAUCGUGGAGGAUUGUCGCGGCAUCAGCUUCGCGCCAUACUCCUGGUCCUAUCCCAACCUGGAGGAGGACCUCCGCGUAGCCGGACUGGACCCGGAGCGAAACAACUGGGACCAGGUGGAUGACUUCAAUUGGCUUGCCGCGGGGACGCCUUCGCCCAACUGGACAGUUAUUCCGGAAGAGGACCGUAAAACUACCUGGGAUGCUUAA